AUGUCAUUUUAUUAUCUAUUGAUACUAUCGAUUGGCAUACAAUUGCUUAAUAUAGUAGUUUCAGUGGUCGUCAAUGAAAAAAAUCAAAUCACUAUUGAAUCGGAUGAAAACAAGUGUAACUUAGAUACUGGUUGUCAGCACCUGGAGGGUACAGUAUGUGAUCCAACAUUGAAGCGAUGUGUCUGCCGACCGGAUCGUCCCGUACGGCUCAGUAACGGUGCGUGUCUGGAGUCCCGGGCGCCCAACGAACCCUGUAUUACGUCGGCCCAGUGUCUGGUCAAACAUAGCGCCUGCUAUGCCACCGACGAUGCACUCAAGCACUGGGUAUGUCAGUGCCGUCCGGACUACUAUUCAGUGACGACAACGACCAAUUUGACUACCGGUGGCGCCGUCGGUAUUGUCGAUACACCGGUACAACAACACCGGUGUGAGCCGCGUGUCGACUACGGUCACCGAUGUCAGCAAAGCAACCAAUGUCGCAAUCGGAUGCAGUGUUUGACCAGUGAUGGUGGACAACAACAACAGUGUGUCUGUGCAGACAAACAUGAAUACGACAAAGCCGUGGGCGACUGUAGGCCAGUUGGCGCCAAACUGUGUGCUACAGAUGUCGACGGCGAUCAAGAGUGGAGUACAGCCCACGGCAAAUGUAUGCCGAAAAUCUAUUACAGUCAUCGAGGGUCGAGUGGCGGCGGUUCGGGUUCGCGGGCCGGUGCCGGCGGAAGGGAUAGCGGUUCGAAGGGUUGGUUUGGCAACAAUCCGGCCACAAGAGUCCGGUGCUAUGCAAACACCUAUUUCUCUAUAAGUGCACUCAUUAUUAUAUUAACAAUUUAA